AUGUCGUUUAUGAUUAUUGGGACCGACAUUCCCCAAGGACCCGUGAUCAAAUGGAUAAAAACAUCCGCUGCAAUCAAGGGGCCGAUCCGAGACCGCAUGAUCGAAGACACCCUCACAUUCAGCGAGGAGGAUCUCGAGUCCUUGGCAGAACCAUACAAUGACGCGCUGGCAAUUUCAUUCCUUUUAAGCAACGUUCAAAUUAAAUGUGUGCUCGUGGAUCCAGGUAGCUCGGCCAACGUAAUCAGGUCAAAGGUAGUAGAACAGCUUGGGUUGCUCGAUCAAAUCGUACCAACCUCCCAGGUCCUCCACGGCUUCAACAUGGCCGGUGAAAUAACGAAAGGAGAGAUCGUUCUCCCGGUAGACAUGUCAGGCACAGUCUAG